AUGAGCCAAAGGUCACACGAGAUGGACGAACCUUUGAUACCUCUUCGCAAGACACAGUCUUCCAAGGGCUCCUCCAGUGGGUCGUCUUUCCUCAAACGCAUUAGCGCAGCAGCAGGUAUUGCGUUCAUGGAUGAGCUGGGACACCAAGACAAUGUCCUUGGGAACAUGCUAUUCAGCAGUGAAAUGCUGGAAGAGCUUGUAUCUGAUAAAAACAAGGCUCGAAUCGACGAACUGGGUGGCGUUAAGGCCCUCGCCAGAGGUCUGGGAUCAAGUCUCAAGCAAGGCCUCACUGGCUCUGAUGACAUACAACGCAAAUUGAAGUAUGGUGCAAACAAGGUGGAAAGGCCUCCUCCACCUACAUACAUCGGCCUCUUCUUGGAAGCUAUGCAGGAUACUACUGUCAUCAUCUUGCUGGUUGCUGCAGCCGUCAGCAUCUCUUUGGGAGUGCUCGUGUGCGUUGCUGAUCUUGGGGCAUCCUGCCCGCGCAAACCCAUUUGGGGUGGACCUGUGGAUCUUUCCAGAGAAGAUUUCUCAGACAGAGCUUGUUCAAGUUGGCUUGACGGAGCAGCCAUUAUCAUCGCAUGCUUGAUUGUAGGAAACAUCACUGCUUGGAACGAGAUGGCCAAGGAAAAACAAUUUCGAGCCCUUCAAGCACAGCAAGAUGACUGUGAUGUUACUGUGAAGCGAAAUGGAAUUGAGGUUGAUCAAGACACGAUAUCUCGCAAAAUGAAGGUUCCAGCAGAUGGCGUGUUUGUGAAGGGAAAUGAUUGCAAGGUUGAUGAGUCGUCAAUGACUGGCGAAUCAGAUGAAGUUGCGAAGAACGAAGAUCAUCCAUUCAUUCUCUCCGGAACCAUUGUUACAAGUGGCGAUUGCUGGUUCUUAGUCGUUGCAGUGGGAUAUCGUUCAGAAUGGGGGAAAAUCCUUUCAGAACUCACCACUGAACGGGAUGAAACACCAUUGCAAGAGAAAUUGACUGUCCUGGCAGAGGAUAUUGGUAAGAUGGGCACAUUAGUGGCAAUUUUGUGUUUUCUUGCCCAGUUGGUCAUAUGGUUUAUCGAUUUGGGAAGAGAGACUUGCUUCUAUCCCGAUGAUGCUGGAAAUCCCUCUCCUCGAGAGAAUUGCCAAUUGGGUUAUCCCGGCCUCAAUGACAAAAUUCAAUGUGUCAAUACAGUAGUUGGGAAAUAUCGAUGCUUCUGGAUGACUUCGUUUCAAAACUGGAAUUUCGUCAAACUGAAAGAUCUUGUUAGCUUUUUCAUCGAUUCAGUUACCAUCAUAGUGGUCGCAGUGCCUGAAGGGCUACCACUUGCAGUUACCAUUGCACUUGCGUACUCAGUGAAGAAGAUGCAAAGGGACAAGAAUCUGGUGAGAGUGAUGGCCGCUUGCGAAACAAUGGGAGGUUGUACCAAUAUCUGCUCGGACAAGACAGGGACGUUGACACAGAAUCAAAUGACUGUGACCGAUGGGUACUUCGCUGGAUGGGCAAGUGAAGGCGACUUGCCCAAUCCAGCUGGACCUGGCCCGGCAUUGUCAACCAACGCAGUCAGCAUUAUUGCUGAGUCGAUCGCCUGUAACUCGAAGGCAAACAUUGGAAUUGAUGGCAAACGUGGUAACCCGACAAUCAUCGGCAACAAAACAGAAGGAGCACUUCUUUUUUUCCUUCGCACUCUUGGAUUAGAUUAUCGUUCAAUCAGAGAUAAGUAUCCUGUUGUUCGUUCUUAUCCGUUUUCAUCUUUGAAGAAAAGAAUGAGCACGAUCGUCCAGAAUGGUGAAAAAAAGAGGCUAUUCACGAAGGGUGCAUCAGAAGUUAUGUUGCAAAUUUGUGACAAGUAUGUCGAUCAUGAUGGAGUUGUAAAGCCAUUUCCGGAUGAGCUUCGGGGACGAGUAAUGCAAUAUAUUUCAAAGAUGGCUUCACAGGGAUUGAGAACCUUAACAUGCGCAUAUAGAGAGCUUGCUGAAAAUGAAGCGAUACCAACAUAUGCAGAGGGUUCGGACGCGUUGGAAAAGGAGCUGGUUUGCGUAUGUAUCUGCGGAAUCAAAGAUCCACUUAGGAAGGAAGUAACGGAUGCUGUGAAGAAAUGUCGACGAGCUGGUAUCGUCGUGAGAAUGUGCACUGGCGAUAGUUUGCUCACUGCAAAGAACAUUGCCAAGGAAUGUGGAAUCCUGACGAUGGAAGGGACUGCCAUGGAAGGGCCCAUGUUCCGUAGGCUUUCUCCAGAGGUACAACGAGAAGCUCUUCAAGUGAAAGAACUUCCCAACGGCGAAAUCCAAACCCUUCAGGUUUUGGCGCGAUGCAGUCCUCAGGAUAAAUUCACUCUUGUGCAAAGGUUGAAGGAGAUGGGAGAGGUCGUUGCUGUCACAGGAGAUGGCACCAAUGAUGCUCCAGCUCUCAAGGAAGCGGAUGUCGGCCUGUCCAUGGGAAUCUCGGGAACGGCUGUUGCGCAAGAGGCUUCCGAUAUAGUAAUCAUGGACGACAAUUUCUCAUCCAUCGAGAAGGUAGUGCACGAUCAUUUCUACUUCUAUUCAUGUGACAAGGUGAAUGUCGUCGCCCUUGGAAUCUGUAUGGUCGGCGCUGUGACUGGUUUUGGCACUCCUUUGAAGCCAGUUCAGCUCUUGUGGGUGAAUUUGAUCAUGGACACAUUCGGAGCACUAGCAUUGGCAACAGAAGAACCAACCCCAGAUCUACUUGACAGAAAGCCAUAUGGAAGGAACGACAAACUGCUCAACUCGUACAUGUGGCGAAAUAUCACAGUUCAGUCCAUCUUUCAACUGGUCAUUCAGCUUUCAUUGCUUUGGGCUGGAGCUUCUUUCUUGGUAGAUUGCACCAACGAUUCCAAGGUGCCUGGAUGUGUUCCGCUGUUGCCCAAUGGACAAGGAAAGAACACGAACGGAAAUUACAGAGAUACUGUGAUCUACAACUCGUUUGUUUGGAUGCAGCUUUUUAACGAAAUUAACUGCCGCCGGAUUUACAACGAGCUCAAUAUGAUUGAUGGAGUUCUGAAGAAUCCUAUUUUUGUUGGAAUCUGGACUUUCUGCGCCAUUGUCCAGGUCUUGUCUGUCAACUAUGGAGGACAAGUUUUCCGAACAGUUCCAAUUGACGUAUAUGAUUGGGUUCUGUGCCUUGCCAUUGGUUCCGUUUCGCUUGUCCUCGGUGUAUUUCAGCGAUUCCUUCCUGCUUCUCUCUUCGAUUUCAGCCGCGCUCAAUCCUCAGAAUCUUCCAAGCAGACACCCAGCUCUGUGCAUGACAUGGACGAAGGAUUGUAA